GUGCGUGCGUGUGUGUUGAGUUAAUUUGAGUUUGUGUUCGUGUGCAACUUAGUCUUCUCAUUGUCAUCUUCCAUACACAACCUAACAUUAUACCCACACAACACGAUCAUUGUACAUUAACGUCUUCCACUCACAUUCACGACUUUGCAAAACAGCUAACGACACUUCACUCACACCCAACAAAGGCUGACUGUGGCCGAUCACUUGCCAUGAGUCAAAGAAGGUACGGGAAGAUUAUCAAUCAGAAUGGCGAAGAAGUCGAUGAUCCCGAACAAGCAGAAUUGAUGGAAGAGAUGGGUCAUCUGAGUGGAUCAAAUGGAAGGGCAAACGGAGGUCAUACAGAUGCAAGCAAGAGAUUCGGAUCUGGUGGUGGAAGGAGAGAUUCUACUCGAUCAAUCAUAGCUUCUCGGAUAGCACUCGUUGCGAUAUGGCUCUUCAUCAUUGCUUCGAUUGUUUUUGCUUUGAUGACAGGUACUCGUGGAAUCGACACUGUCUCGAGAAUAUCUUCGGCGUGGGGUUUGAGCAAAGAGCAACAAUUGACAGCAGAUGAACUAUGGCUACAGGGAAGCGGAAGGAAAGAUCUCAACUUCAAUACCACAUUCAAUCCUGACGAUCUAACGAUGACCAAAGACGAAUGCGACGCAUUCUUCCCAAAGCUGUACGACGAGAUUGAAAGGAGCAGAAAGUACUACACAGAAAAGGAGGUAUGGGAUAAGGCAUACUUGGAAUCUACAUGUGAUGAUGGAUGGUGGCCACAUGCUCGCUUUGUGAUCUACAACAAUCGAUUGUACAUCAAAUACCUCAAAAAUGCAGGCUUUACAAGAACCGAAGCUGCUGCUGCUCUGCUGCAUCAAGCUGUUUCACUGUCCCGAGAAAAGCUACCCAAUGUUGAAUUCUGUGUAGGAAUGCACGACUGGGGAAGCAAGGGUAAAUUCAGUCUUGACAGAAGACCGGAACAAGAAGAUCUUUGGCUUAUGCCUGAUUAUGGGUAUUGGUCUUGGCCAGAGCAUGUUGGCAUGUACAAUGAGAUGCGGGAAAAGCUGGCCAAAGUAGAUAAUGAAGUUGGAUGGAAAGGAAAGAAGAAUUUGUUGUUCUGGCGCGGAUCAAUGAAAGUGGGAACGUCGGAUCGAGAGGGUUUGAUGGAAACGGCAAAGGGCUAUCCUUGGAACGAGAUGAAAGAGAUCGUUUGGGGAGAUCCAACCAAAGGACCAAUUUCGAUGGAAGAUCAUUGCAGAUACAAAUUUCACGCAUAUCCAGAAGGCAACACGUAUAGCGGUCGUGUUCGAUACUUGCAGAAUUGUGCAGUUGUGAUCGUCACCCACGAACAAAGAUGGAUUCAACAUUAUACGCAUUUGUGGAACGGCGAAUGGGGACAUCCUGAUCAAAAUAUCGUCUACGUUCCCAAGCCACUUGAUGAUGAUCCUGAAAAAGGGAUUUUGGUGCACGUUCAAGAAUCCGAUCAAAUGGUACGAAAUAGAGCGUGGGAAAGAUUACCUGAAGUGAUGGAUAAACUGUUAAAAGAUGAUGCAAUGGCACAACGGAUUGCCAAUAAUGUUUUGAAAACGUUCCGAGAUCGAUAUGUUACACCUGCAACGGCUCCAUGUUACUGGAGAGAAGCCAUUCGAGCAUAUGCAACUGUUCAAAAGUAUGAAGUUCAGCUAGAUGGAACGGAAACCACAUAUGAGAACUUCUUAUUGCAUGGAAUACCGAAUGCAUGAGCUAACGCCAACACACAACUGCUUCAUUUCGGAACAUUUGUCAUUUCAUUCGUUGUAAACUACAUUCUUUCAUUUGCGAUAUUUGUACAAUUUGUGUUCUUUCUUCGAGUUGGUGUUGGAUCGCGGUACAGGUGUGCGGUCCCAUGUAGGGAUGAUACUACGCAACAAUAAGACGAUUUGUUGAUCGAGGAUAUUUGGACUUUCUCCAUUUAUUUUGCGAGACGUCCAACUUCAUCCCUUGCUUUGAUGAUAGCAUCGAGGAGAUCUUGAUCAUUCUCUAAGCUUGCAAGAAUAUGUAAUGUUACUUGUACUGUAGAGCGUUCUAUCAUUUCAUCAUCAUUGAUCC